UUCAAUAGAUAAAGUGUUAGAAAUGAUCUCUCCUUCCCUGUUGGAAUGUAGGGCAACCUCAUACAGGGGGUCGCGUCCCCAAGUUUGGGGGAACGCAGUUGGUUUGUUGAUAGUUUGCGAUGCAAGCAUUGGGAUGCUUUCGCGCUUAGCUGUAUUCUUGGCAGGAAUUCGCGCGGAACGUUAAACGAAAGAGACAACGCCGAGCGGAACGAUCCCGCAUUCGGGGUGUAGGUAUAGAAACGAAAACAAGUCGCGUCGUUGUACGGGACGCGCCGAUAAUUCGGAGUCGUCGGUAUUUUCACGGCGCGCCCCUGUCGUUACGUGACCUGCCCUACGAACCUGUUUGUAACGGCAGCUAUUCUACGCGGAGCGCUGUCAAAAAGGCCCCGUAGGGCCCUCUCCGUCUACCAUAGACUCUUCUGUUGGGCCCUUCCCCUCCGUCUCCCUCCCUUACGCCGCGCGGUUUCACCCCGAGCCCGCCGGUGUGUCGAUUUCUCUCUCUGACGAACGGAGAAAGUGAAGGAUGAACGAGCUGCAAUGGCGGGGCACGCCGCGCGGAGGAGUAGGUUCUGGAACCUCGAGGCCCGAGGUAGAAGGCAGCUUGGGUGGGCGGCAGUUGUCCAGGCUGGCGCAGUCUGUGUCGAGGCGACGUGCUCUACACGACGGAGCGGCAAAUCGCGUCUUCUCCAACUCGCAAGCCGCACGCUCGCUCUCCUUCUUCUUCCCUUCCCUCUUUCCCGCUAUACUCUCCCUUCCCUUCUUUCUAUCCCUUCACGCCGUCUCUCGUUGCCAUUCCUCCUCUCCCCCGAGGUCCCCUUACCCCCUUGACGGCGUCGUUCCUUAUCCACGGCGCGUUGCUCCUCUUUCCUCGGCCCAUUCAUCCUUCUCGGUCCACCUUUCCGUCUUUUUCCGUUCGAGCGUUUCUCCGACGCGCACGUUCCUCUCUCGCUCGAGAGUCUCUCGGCCGUCCUCGUCGCGCAGCGGCCUACAGCUACCUGGCCGUGUUACGGCGGGGUUCCGGAUACGCGCGUCGACUUCGUCAACGUUGUGUCGUGCGGUACGCUCUCCGCCACGGAAUUCCAGUGCCACGUCUCGAGUUCGAGCUGACGGUGGGUCGCGGUGACGGUUCGGUUCGGCUAGGUUCGAUUCGAUUCGGUUCCGUGGUACGUCGUGUGUCAAGUCGUGUUGCUCGGGAUUCACGCCGAUCGGUGUCGUCAGUGUUUACUCCCACUCUUAUCGUCGUCGUUCCUGUCAGCCAGUCACGCGCAUCGCGACCACCGUGUCCAGUGUCAACGUAUCCGUUCCAAAAAGAAACGAGAGUCAAAGAGGAGCACGCGAAGGGAGCAACGACUGGGGAGGAAAAAGCGAGUUUAACCGAGGGACGAAAAUUGGGUCUUUCGUCGACUCGAAAGUGCCAUAGUUAUACACACACAUAUAUAUAUACACGCGAAAAUUAUACGUAUAUAUCGAAUCUUUCCGUUAAGAUAGCAACCCUAAGUGAUUUUCAACUCGAUAAGUGAUAAAUCCGCGAAAGGACUGUGUGCGUUAUACGUGCAUGGUAGCGAAUCCUACGAUCGGAAACGAGGACAGAGAACCAAGGAAUCGUGGACAGUGGGAUACAGAAGAGGAAGACGCAGAGUGGAGAGUGGGCCUGAUGAACGACGAGAACGUCGUCUCGUUGCUAGCUGUUGGUCUCGAGAGAAGCUAAAGGAGACGAACGAGCGAGUUUAACUGGCUAACGAGAUGUCCACUCAGGCCUAUUACAAGGAGAGGCUCGGUUUCGACCCGGCCGAUACAGUGGCGGAACACCAUCGCGAGCAGAGAUGGCAACACGGAUACGAGGAGUCGCUUUCCAAGUUCAAAGGUCAGAACGAAAAUGGAUUUUCGUGGUGGAUGACGGAGCAUCGGGAGAAUUGUCGGUCCGACGGGGCCGCGGAACAUCGUUCCGGCAGCUCGCAGGCUUACUGGGGUUGCUGGGCGAUGUUCAUCGAGGCGCACGACGAACGAGACGCGAUCCAAAAGAAAACAUUUACCAAAUGGGUGAACAAGCAUCUGAAGAAGCAUUGGAAGUACGUGAAGACUUACACGUGCCUGCACGUGUGCGUCCUUGUGAACAACCAGCCAUGCUGUUCCCCCACCGCCAGCAGACAUGUCGGAGAUUUGUUCGAAGACCUGCGGGACGGGCACAACCUCAUUUCCUUGCUGGAGGUUCUCUCAGGCGAGCAUCUCCCGCGGGAGAGGGGUCGAAUGCGUUUCCACAUGCUGCAGAACGUGCAAAUGGCCCUUGAUUUUCUGCGAUACAAGAAAAUCAAGCUCGUCAAUAUCCGUGCGGAGGACAUCGUCGAUGGAAACCCGAAGCUCACCCUCGGCUUAAUAUGGACCAUCAUACUACACUUCCAGAGCUGGCGACGCAAGAUAUCCGAUAUAGUGGUGGGCCAGGAACCAAACGUGACCGCCCGCGAGGCCCUGCUGAGAUGGGCGAGACGAUCGACGGCGCGUUACCCAGGUGUACGCGUGACGGAUUUCACCGGGUCCUGGAGGGACGGUCUGGCGUUCAGCGCCCUAAUUCAUCGCAACAGGCCAGACCUGGUCGAUUGGAGAGGUGCCCGUACCUGUCAGCCAAGAGAGCGGCUCGACCGGGUCUUCCACGUCGCGGAGCGCGAGUAUGGCGUUACGAGGCUUCUCGAUCCCGAAGACGUGGACACCCCCGAACCGGACGAGAAGUCCUUGAUAACGUAUAUCUCUUCGCUCUACGACGUGUUCCCGGAGCCGCCCGCGAUCCAUCCUUUGUACGACGCCGAGGCUCAGAGAAGAUCCGCUGAGUACAGGGAGCUGGCCAGCUCUCUCCAUCUGUGGAUCCGCGAGAAGAUGAGCCUGAUGCAGGAACGCGCCUUCCCGCCCACUUUGAUCGAGAUGAAGAAACUGGCGGCGGACAGCGCGAAAUUCAAGAACGACGAGGUGCCGCCCAGGUACAGAGAUAAGCAACGGCUCUCUUACAUAUUCAGGGAUCUUCAGAAGUACUUCGAGGCGGUAGGCGAGGUGGACAUGGAGCCCGAAUUGCACAUCGACAUUAUCGAGAAGAAUUGGCACCGACUGAUGACGCUGCACCAGGAGAGGGAGCAGGCGAUCAUCGACGAAAUUAAACGACUCGAACGACUGCAACGACUGGCCGAGAAAGUUCACAGAGAGAUGAAAACGACCGACAACCGACUGGAGGAGCUUGAGAGACGCGUGGAGGAUGAAGCAAGACGGCUCGAUCGGCUCCAUCCUCUCGAAGCGAAGCACGCGGUGGACCUUCUCGAACAGGACAUACGAAACACCGAGACUCAGAUUCAGAACAUUUUUACGGACGUACACACUCUCACCGAGGGAAGAUACAGUCAAGCGGCCGAGCUCCAUAAAAGAGUUCAGAAGCUGCAUCAACGAUGGGUCGCGUUGCGAUCUCUUCUCCACAAACGUUUGGUACAGCCGCUGUCGGCCGUGUCCUUCCCGGUGGAGGAGCGCGUCGUUACGAAACACCGCACCACCGUUCACGAGACCCGUCUGGUAGACACGAAUCCGCAUUUCCGUGCUCUGCACGACUGCAUCGACUGGUGUAAAGCGAAAAUCAAGCAACUUCAAGAAGCGGACUACGGCUCGGACUUGCCCAGCGUGCAAAACGAGCUGGACGUUCACCAGAGGGAGCACAAGAACAUCGAGCAAUUCCAUCCAAAAGUGGAUAGAUGCCUGCAAUCCAAGAGCCACUUCCACGGGGAGGAGUUGACGUUGUACAGUCAACACCUCGCCGUUCUUCAAAAACUGUACGCUGAGCUGUUAUCCGCUUCUAACAAGAGACUAUCCGAUCUGGACACGUUACACGACUUCAUACAAUCGGCGACGGGCGAGCUGGUCUGGUUGAGCUCCAAAGAGGAAACGGAGGUGACGCGCGACUGGAGCGACAAGAACUUGAACGUGCAAAGCAUCGAACAGUAUUACGAGCGUACCUAUGGAUCCGGUAUAGAGUCUCUCAUGAGCGACCUGGAGAAGAGAGAGAUUCAAUUCUCCGCGGUGCAAGAUCGAGGUGAGGCGCUGGUUCUCCAACAUCAUCCAGCAGCGAAGACGAUCGAGGCCUACAUGUCCGCCAUGCAAAGUCAGUGGGCCUGGCUGCUUCAAUUGACCCUCUGCUUAGAGGUUCACUUGAAGCACGCUGCUCAGAGCCAACAGUUCUUCCGCGAGAUCCAACAGGCGGAGCAGUGGAUCACCAAAAGGGACGAGACGCUCAACACCAUCUACUCUCAGUCCGACUUCUCCUUGGACGAGGGUGAACGUCUUUUGAAAGGCAUGCAAGAGCUCCGCGAGGAAUUGAACAGCUACGGCGAUCACGUUCAGAAGCUGGUCGACCAGGCGAAAGACGUCGUUCCCAUGAAGCAACGUCGACAGCCUGUGACGCGACCUAUUCAGGUCACUUGCGUCUGUAGCUACAAGCAAGUGAACAUGUCGAUCGAGAAGGGAGAACAAUGCACGUUGUACGAUAACUCUGGUAGGAUAAAGUGGCGAGUCAAGAACCAAGAAGGCGUCGAAUCACCCGUGCCAGGUGUCUGUUUCGCUCUUCAGCCUCCCGAUAAAGAUGCUCUCGACGCGGCUGAGCGAUUGCGACGACAAUACGACCGAAGCGUUGCGCUCUGGCAGCGAAAGCAGCUGCGACUGAGACAAAACAUGAUAUUCGCGACCAUCAAGGUGGUGAAGGGUUGGGACCUGCCGCAGUUUCUGGCCAUGGGUCAGGAUCAGCGCACAGCUAUCAGAAAAGCGUUGAACGAGGACGCGGAGAAAUUAUUGUCAGAGGGAGACCCGGCAGAUCCGCAAUUGAGACGAUUGAAACGAGAAAUGGCCGAGGUGAACAAACUUUUUGACGAGUUGGAGAAGCGAGCUAGAGCGGAGGAGGAGUCGAAGAACGCGGGUCGCAUUUUCAACGAGCAGGUGUCAGCCCUUCAGCAGGCGCUCGAUGAAGCGGAGAGGAUUUUGAACGCUCGCAUAGCAGCUGCGCUGCCUAGAGACCUCGACAGCCUUGAACACUUGGUUCUGCAGCACAAGGACUACGAGCAGAGUCUUCGUCGCUUGGCGCCGGAUCUCGAUCGAGUUCAGCAAACCUUCCGUGUUAUCACCUUGAAGACCCCAGCAAUGAGGAACAAGCUCGACGCCGUUACCAACAAAUGGAAUCAUAUCUGGAACGCUAGCAACCUUUACAUCGAGCGACUCAAGUGCGUCGAGAUUGUGCUAUCUAGUCUGGAGGAGAACACGACCGUGAUUUCCGAAUUCGAAAUAAAACUGGCCUCGUUCGACGAACUGCCAGCCGACUUGGACGGUCUGCAGAACGUGUUGGAGGAUCUGAGGGUCCUCCAGAACGCUAUCACUCAACAGCAGAGUGCCAUGGACCAACUGAACGAGGACGCGCACAAUGCGAGAAGACUCGUGGAGAAGUCGAGACCGAGUCAUCGCGGUCCACACACGGACAUGGACAGGUUGGACGCUGAAGUGAAUCGAUUGAACGCUAGAUGGACGAACGUGUGUGGUCAACUGGUGGACAGAGUUCGCAGCGCUGAAGCAGCCUACACCUUGGCUCAGCAGAUGGAGCACGCUUAUCGAAACGAAGUCGACUUCGUCGACGAAUCUUAUGCCAAACUAGAGGUGGAGAACGCGAAGAAUCUAUUGAACAGAGUGGUGGAACGAGCCCCAGCGAUCGAGGCGGUAAAUGUGACCGGUGGUCGAUUGAUUCGCGAAGGAAAGAUCUAUGGACAAAGACUUCGAGCGUUCAAGGAACAAUUGGAAGAUAUUUGCCCGUCCAUGGACGCCACGGUGAAGAAACCGCGUAGAGAGAGAGUCUUGACGGUCGACCACGUGGCGAGGGACUUGGACACCCUCAAUAAGAAGUACACUACGCUCGUGAAUAUUCUUCAGGAGCGCGUUAGGCAGAUGGCGACGCUUCAUCCCGAGGAUGCGUCUCUGCAGCGCGCCCUUCAAGAGCAAAGGCCGCUCAGAACGUUCCGCACAGAGUUCAACAUCUACGAGAGCAGCACCUGCGAAGAACGUUACACGUCGACGACGACGCACUACACACAGUCCCAGUACAGUUUGGAGCGACACGAGAGGACAGAGCGUACCGAGAGGACCGAGACGGUCUCUAGCGACACGACGCGUCGCUCGAGUUCCCAAGAGCGUUCUCGCCUCGGCCAGGAUGUCGCUACCGUUCCGACUUCGCAGUCGGAGAUCGAGAUCGAGCGGGAAAAGAUCACGCAAAGACGCGAGAACGACGAGAAGAGGGAACGUAGCGACGAGAGGGACGAGGCAUCCUGGUCGAAGACCAGCAGCGCCAGCGGCGUACAUUUUAGCGAGAUUAGGAGUCUUAAGAGGAUAGAGCGGGCGGACGAGGGUAUAGGUACAGAGAACGUAAUAGAAGCUAGGGGUAUCGUAGAUCCGAGGACGGGGAACGUGUUGACGGUGGGCGAGGCGAUUAGUCUUAGGAUCCUGGACGUUAGGAGGGGUAGGAUAGCGUGCUCGAAGGAUGGCAGAAAGACCGUUACGAUAGAGGAGGCGGCCCGCGAGAAGAUGAUCGAUCCGCGUCUCGCGGAUCGUCUGCUAGGCCCAUGCGGCUUCGACGAGGAGGGACGACCGGUGUCUCUGCUCGAGGCUAUCCAGCGGGAGCUGUACGACGCGGAGAAAAGCGACGGGUCAGGGGACAGAGCGAAGGUAACUUACAGACAGGACGCGCCCGUCGAUUCGAACGACGUGACGGUUAGGGUAGCCGAUGCGAUAAAGGACGACGCGGCCGAAGGGCGAGGUUCCGCGUUGGAUCCGCGCACGGGCGAACUCGUUACGGAGGACGGCGAGAGGCUGUCGGUGGAGGAGGCGCACGCGAGGGGUUACCUGACCAAACUCGACGUGACCGUCACGGUGAAGAGGAGCGCGUUGCCUCUCUCCGACGCGAUAUCCCAGGGCUUGGUGGACGAGACGCUCGGUCGCGUCUUCGACAGAGUUACGGGUGAGAGCUACGCUCUCGAUGAGGCCGUAAAGAAAGGGAUACUGGAUCCCACCGCGAGAGAGAUCGUGGACGCGAAAAACGACACCAAGGUGACGCUUCUGGAAGCUAUAAGGUUUGGUAUUAUCAACCCCAAGACUGGAAAGUACAUGCACGGCGUGACGAUGGAGAAAUUGUCUUUGAAGGAGGCGCGUCGAAUGCGUUUGAUAGUCAAACCGAUGACGUUGAAAGAUUGCCAGGACUCGGGGAUCAUCGACGAGAGCGGAAGGAUUACUAGUCCGGCGCAUCGAACGAAAUUGACCGUGACGGAGGCGAUCGAGAGAGGCGUUCUCGAUACGGAUCGUUUGAACUCGAUUGUCGACCCGAGAACGGGCGAGAGAGUCACGCUGGCAGAGGCGUUGAACCGUGGUUUGAUCGAUCCACAGAAGGCCACCUACCGCAACUCCACGGAGGAGUGCGCUAUUUCUGAGGCUGUGGAGAAGGGAUUGAUCUCUUCCCUCGCCCAGAAGACGAUAUUCGACGUGGACGGUUUCAAAGAUCCCUUGACUGGGGAGUUCGUGACCCUGAACGCUGCGUUGCUCAAAGGUUUGAUCAGUUCCAAGUCUGGUGGUAGCUACAUAGUCGAUCCCAAUACAGGAGAGACGGUUUCGCUGGCUGAAGCCGAGAAGCUAGGCUACGUUCGACCAGAAGUCUCAGAGAUGCUGAACAGAGGAAUCGGAAUAAUCGAAGAGGGCAGAGAGAUCACGUUCCUCGAAGCCGUUUUCUCGGGACUUCUCGAUCCCAGGACUGGUCUCCUGUUGGAUCCCCGGACCAAGAAGCCAGUGCCUUUAGAAAAUGCGAUAAAACGAGGACUCAUUACCCCCGAUGGUGCUGCUCUGCUCACAGGUUUGUUGAACGUUACUGUUACCACGCAGACUGUAACAAAGGUCAGGGAAAUUCAUCAUGAGGAGCCUGAAAGAGUCGCUAGGAAACUAAUAGACGAAAGAGAACGAACGCCUUCCGUUGACAGAGCGAUGGACGUCGACGAGUCCUUCGACUCAACGCUGAACGACAACGUGCCGCGAGCCAUCGGCAUGACCACGACCAUCAUUACCAAAGAUCGUGUAGUCUCUUCUUCGAAUACGAAUACGAGCACUAUAAUCAAAAAUAAGAACGAAACUAUAUCUCAAACCCCGACGAAGGUGUCCCCAGAGGACGAUAGGUACGCAGCACAACUGUCGUGGUCCGAUCGACUUAAGGACCCAGAUCAAGAUCAAGACACGAGUGUCAUCAUCGACUCUACAAUUGACAGACUUUCCAGGGAGAGUACGCCAAUCGAAAGACGCGUGUUCGAGCUCCCUACCGACGGAUGGUCCCUUUCAGAGGCGAUCGAACGAAUGUUGUUCGAUCCAACCACAGGUUUGUUCAUAAUCCCAGGAACCGAUAGACUGGUCUCCUUCGAGGAGUGCGUCAAGCUUCGAAUAAUAGAUCCCAAUUCGGGUCUCGUGAUAGACCCCAGUAACGGUAGGAAAGUUUCCCUGCUACGAAGCCUGGAGAAGAACAUCUUAGAUUCUACUGGCCACUACGCCGAACCAGAAAAGAUAUCGAUGAAAGAAGCGAUCAGCAAAGAACUGGUAAUCCUAACAGGUAGGCAUCCUGAGGCAGAUAACUCUCAACAGAGGCUACUUCGAAUUACCAAGGUAUCUGGAGAGCCUGACAAGCUCGAACUAUCGCGAUCAGAUGAUCCCUCGAAGCAGUUGGAGAUCAAAGUAUCAGAAGCAAAUCUAUCGAUACCCGAUCCAGUGCGAGUCUCGCGAGGUCUCAUUUACGAUCCAAGCACGGCUCUGGUCAUAUCAACCGAAACUGGAAAGUCUAGCGAGUUGCUAGCUGCUCUUUCCGAGGGCACUCUGCCUCACGAUGUGGUGAUCGUCAAAGACCCUGUCUCAGGAAAGGAUAUCAGCAUAGUGGAAGCCAUUCAACGUGGCGUAGUCAAUGUGGAGACGGCGGAAUACAAAGUCGACGAGCAGAGAAAGAUAUCGUUGCUAGACGCAGCCAAAUUCGGUAUAGUAAACGUAGUGGGCUCCCCUCUUGUGCCAGUCGCAUCCUUCACUCCUACUACCGACACUUCCGCCAUUUUAACCCAGAAGACAGAAGCUGAAAGAUCCCCUGAAGAAGAAACCGCUGGCAAACCUACCACUUCCGCAUCUAUGUCCGAAAUGGACUCUGCUAUUGGAUCCACGUCUGUAAUAGACUCCGUGACGGAUUUCUCGCCAAGUGGAGCCACGAGCGAGGAACACUCCGUCUCGAGAACCGACGGAGAAGCCGAAUCAGAGACCGACGCGAAGUUUAAAGCCAGAGUAAGCUUCGAACCCAAAUAUAGAGUGACUAUAGGCAAGGCAACCGUGUCGCAGGAUUUCGACGGCGAAGCUAAACCGAUCGUUCUUCAGAAGAUGAGGAAGAGAGUAGUAAAAGUGAAGGAAGCCGUCGAGAGCGGUCUGAUCGACCCAGAGACCGCGGAGGUUCUUGCAAGGCAGCUGGCAGUGGACGACGGUAAGCUUGUCACGCUUUCGGAGGCUAUCCGUAGCAAACGAAUAGACGCUGCAUCAGGGAAGAUCGUAGAUCCUCAGAGAGGAGAUGUCCUGAACAUUGGCGAAGCAGUCGAGCGUGGAAUCUUGGAUCCCGAGAGUGCUGACGUUUUGGUACCCCUGGCCAAGAGCUUGUCGAUUCCUGGUUUGUACAAGCAGGGUCUGCUAGACCCUGAAGAGGGCAAAGUCGUUCACCCAGAGACUGGCGUGCACCUUACUCUCAGGGAGGCGAUCCUCUGCGAGAUUGUCGAUCCUCUGUCGAAACUAACAUGCUCCAAUGGUCGCACGGAGACUCUUCGUAAUGCCAUCGAUAGCGAUCUCGUAGAUCCUGAGAGGUCCUUGAUAAAAACCAGCGAAGGUGGCAUCGUUGACCUGGUGAAAGCUGUCGAGAGUAAUGUGUUCGCGGAUUCGGACAAGGGCCAAGAACAGAUACCUCCGGCUGGUAUGACCUUCCCAGUGGCGCUGGAACGCGGUUUGAUCGAUGCUACGGGCAAGGAAAUAAGACAUCCGAUCACAGAAGAGCUCUUGCCCCUCGAGGACGCCAUACAGGGAAACUUUAUAAUGUCUUUGCCAUGCCCUGUCGCCUCCGACAGCAUGGAGGUGACCAAAGCCCUCGAGGCUGGUUUAAUCGAUCGUGAGAAGGGUGUCUUCGUUCAUCCGACCACUGGCACUCCGGUACCAAUAUUCGAAGCAAUCGAAUCUGGCCUACUAGUCGUCAAACCACCAGUCACCAACGCGUCUGUAACAGUAACCUCGUGUGGCAUCACCGAAACCAUCACGUCUUACCACACAGUCACCACCAAGACCAUCGAUAUUCUGCAAGGUUACGCUUUGGUGAACGCUAGCGAAAUCCGAAACAUCGAGACAGGUGACACCAUGAGCAUCGACGAGGCUCGUCGCAGAGGAAUCGUCAAGGACGAGUCUGAACGUAGGGAAGAAUUCACCACCAAAGACAUCAAGAUGACUUUCGACGACGCGCUUCAGAAGGGUCUGCUCGAUAUCGCCGCUGGCACCUACACCAAUCCUUCGACAGGAAUCGCGAUGCCUAUUCGAGAAGCUAUAGAGCACGGCUUCUUGGAUGGAUCUACCAAUCAACCUGACGCAGUUACCAGCGCAGAGACCCAUAAAAUCGACCAGAUUUACGACGAAGAAACCGAGAGAUUCGUCGACCCAGAUACUAAAAAAUCGUACACUCUCACGGAAGCCAUGCAGGUUGGCCUGGUCGACCCUAAUACUCCUCUUUACGACACCAAGACUACCAAGACGGUCACGACUAAAGAAGCAAUCGAAAAAGGAAUCAUCGACCCUGUCACGGGGAAGGCCAAGGGCUCCGAAGGUCGUGGGUCCGUUUCUUUGAAGCAGGCGGCCAAGUUGGGCUUGCUGGCGGUGGCAGCACCUGUUCUGGCACCUGUUCUGGCUGGAAAGGCGGUGUACGACGCUGUUCGCGAUGCUACCAACAAGGACAAAGGUAAAGAAGCCGAUAAGAAGAUAAAGGAGCAAAAGGUUCCUCAGAAGAACGAACAGAAGGUUUCGUCAGGUGUGUUACAAGAACGGACGACGUCAGUAGUAGAUGGUAGUCUGGAAAGAAAGUCGGUGGCAAUAGAAAAGCCUAAUGAAGAAUUCAGUAAAGGUAAAACAGAAGCAGUGAAAGAGUCUCCUCAAGUACAAGAGCAAAAGGAAAAGCCAGGAAAAGUAGAGCCAUCCAAACAACAACCUCAAGCGGAAGAAACUUUGGUACCCACCGAACAGAAACUUGAAAAAGAAAACCUGCAAGUAAAAGAGAAAGAAGAACUACAGCCACAGGUCGCGAAAACAACGGAAUUAUCGCUUAAACAAGAAACACCGAAAGAACAUUCGAAAACGGAACCGAAACCAGAAGAACCACCGGUAGAGAAGGUAGAGAGUCCAUCUAAACAACAGAUGGCCAUCGAAGCAGAAGCACUGGAAGAGUUCGAGCAGCUGGAAGCCGAAGAGAAUCGACUAGAAAAAGAGAACGACUACAACUUCGAAGAAGAUGGAACGAGGUUCGUGUUCGAGGUGACUCCGAAUUUAACAGCCAUGGAUCUGGUCGUCAAAAGAGCGUACGAUCUCGAGAAGGAUAAGUUCUUGGAUCCACAGACAGGAGAGGUGGUGUCUUUCAACGACUUCGUCCUGGAUCUCGGCUUUAUCGACGCAGAUCAAGUAUUGGUAAAAGAUUUGUCCUGCAGAACCAUGGACAAGUACGUGUCCCUUCGCGACGCGAUUGCCAAGCCUCUCGUUGAUAGAAACCACGGAUACAUGGUAGAGCCGAAAACAGGUAGAAAGAUACCCUUCUUCGAGGCAGUGAAGGUAGAGUUGAUCAAGCAGAUGCCCAAGGCUGAGCAGUCAGCGAUCUCUGAGAUCGUUAAUCGAGAAGGCUUGAGUCUGCGCGACGCCAUUGAGAACCGUUUACUAGAUCCAUCUACUUGCGAGAUCCGCGAUCCCUCGACGAAUCAAACGAUGAAGCUGAACGAAGCCAUCGAGAUUGGACUGAUCGAUCCCAGCACGAUCAGCGUUCGAGAUCCCGUGAACGACGAGGUCGUCUCGUUGCAAGAGAUACUAGAGUCUGGUGGAGACGUGGACGUCGAGGAGGCCUUUGUUAAGGGACUGGUCGUCCCUAAAUCGCGUAAACCGAUUUCGUUGGAAGCUGCCAUCAAAAAGGGUCUCUACGAUGAAAACACAGGUAGGAUCCUAGACACGUUAACCGGCCAGUGGAUAGACGCGGAGGAGAGCGUGCGCAGAGGACUGAUCGACGCCUUCAUCAGCGAAUGCGAGGACACCAAAGCGGGAACAUUCCUCUCGCUGGAGGAAGCGCUGAGCGACGAGUCGAAGCUGCUGGAUCCAAGCACAGGACGAUUAAGAGACACUAAGACGGGUGAACAGCUUCCUUUGAACGUUGCCCUAAGGAGAGGCAUUAUUGCCACAACAGGCUUCGUUCCUUCACUGACUGAUGCAAUCGUUCAGGAGUACUAUAACUCGACGACAGGUCUAGUCGCUAAUCCUACAACUGGGGAGGAGACCACCUUGAAGGAAGCACUUGCUACAGGCUACGUAGAUGGAGAGACAACGAUGGUCAGGGACGAUCGAUCAGACAGAGUUCUGUCUCUGCGGGAGGCCGAGGAAAGUAAUUUGAUCGACCUUGAGAAGGGAAUAUUGAUCUCCCCUCAUCCCAUGACGUUAGACAUCGCUCAUGAAAAGGGAUACAUCCUCAGCACCUUGAAACCCUGGUCCCUGCAAGAAGCCCUCGCCCAUCAGACGUACGAUCCUCAGAAGGGCACCUUCGCCAUAGAUGGCACUAGUUACACCCUCGAGAAAGCGCUAGAUAUCGGUCUGAUCGCCAAAGACAGUCCUUCUGUUAAAGAUCCAAGAAACAGCGAGAUAAUUUCUCUUGGGAAGGCCAUAAAGUUAGGCCUGAUCGAUCCCAAAACAGGCACAGCCGUCGAUCCCACCACCAAUUCACCUUUAUCACUGACCGAUGCCUUCGAUCGUGGUAUCAUUGUGCCAGCCAAGCGCAAAAUCUCGCUUCCUGAAGCAGUAUUCAAGGGUCUUUACGAACCCACGACAGGCCGCUUCAUCGUUCCAGAGACCAAGGAGAAGCUGCCAACCGAUCGCGCCAUUAAAGCUGGCGUUAUCGAUCCCAGCACCGCGGUAGUGGUUCGCCAACCCGAAGGCAAGGUUAUCACCUUCGAUAAAGCCAUGAAGGAACUGAUCGUCGACCCUAAGACGGGAACUGUGACGAAUGAGAAAGGAAAACGGUUGGACUUUCGCGAGGCGUUGGAGCACGGAUUGCUCCUGGAGGCUCGACGACCUAUGACCUUUAGCGAGGCUAUCUACAAGGGUAUCCUGGACGAGAGAACGAACACAUUCCUUGAUCCUCAAACAGGCGUUUAUUUGACUCUACUCGAGGCGAUAAAGAGAAACUUGAUAGACGUGGAAUCCGUGACUGUGAAGGAUGGCAGAAGCGGCUUCCGCGAGAGGAUCUCGCUGAUGGAGGCUAUAAGAUCAGGAUACAUCAACGGCGUCACUGGCAAGGUAAACGUCACCGCAGAUUCGGACAUGUCUCUGCAGGAGGCUUACGACGCUGGCCUGAUCGUCGAUCACCGAGCAGCCGUGUCCCUGCAGAGAGCCAUCCAUCAAGGUCUGUACAACGACCAGACUGGGAAAAUCACCGAUCCCAGCACGGGAAGAUCGGUAACUCUACACGAAGCCAUGAGGAACUGCGUGGUGAGUCCUAUGCUCGCGUGUUACUGGGAUAAACGGGCUGAUAGGUUGCUGUCGUUGGCGGAAACCUGUCGCGCGGGUGUGAUCGAUCGACGAUCGGGGAUGUUUAAAGAGCCAGGGGCGAACAGAUCCGUGUCCUUAUCCUUAGCCUUGCAGCUAGGGCUGAUCGUCGAUAUCGAGACCACGGAAUUCAGUCUUCACCAGGCGAUCGUGAUGAACACCUACGAUUCCUCCUCGGGAACGUUCACGCAUCCGUCCACCAACCAGAAGCUCACUCUCGCAGAGGCGUGUCGAUCCGAGCUGAUAGAUCCUCUGACGUCGCUCGUACGCGACGCUCGAUCCGAUCGGUACAUGCCACUCACGGACGCUAUUUCUACGAACGUUAUCGACGAUACUCGCGGUACUUAUAACGCACUGCCUGAUAACGAGGGAUCUAUCGAUCUACGAGAGGCUGUAACCAGAGGACACAUAGUUCCCUCCAAGCUACCAUUAAGCAUAGAGGAAGCAGUGGCCUGCGACCUUUAUCGAAGCCAAACUGGAGUGUUCGUCGAUCCUCGAACAAACGAGAGUCACGAUCUAACUCAUGCCUUCGACGUUGGCCUCCUCGAUCCCGACACAACUGCUCUCAAAGACGCGACCACUGGGCAGAUAACGUCCCUCUUGGCGGGAAUUGAAAACGGCGCUAUCGACGUCCCCUAUGGACGGAUCCUAGAUUCGAAAACGAAACGCGCCUAUCCCAUCGACGUCGCUCUCGAACGUGGACUUCUGGUCACCCUAGAGAAGCCAUUGACGCACCAACCAGCGCGUCGAAGUCUCACUCGUAAGGACGAGCCCUCUCCUCGAGAGUACACUAUCCAAGAAGCAAUCGACAAUCGUCUCAUCGACCCCAACACUGCCGUCAUCAGACACCCCAAGACAGGCAGGUUCGUCACGAUCAACAGCAUCCUCGGCGACGGCAUUCUCGACCCAGCUGUAAGGGCAACAAUUGAAUCAGACUCUCUCAGAACCUCAGAUGGCAAAUUGGCACCUCGAUUCGUUCGAUUCGGUGACGUCGAGGUCUUUUUCUCGCGACCUUUGACCUUCGAGGAGGCCUGGGAGAAAGGAUUCUUGUCCGCGGAGGGUGGGAAACUGACGGACCCCAAGACCAACGAGCCAGCUACCUUGAAAGAUGCUGUCGGUCUUGGUAUCGUCGACUCUGAGUCCGCUCUGAUCAAAGACACGAAGAAGAAGAAGCUAGUAAAGUUGGCAGAGGCGUUCAGGAAGGGUCUGAUGGACGCCGAGAAAGGGAACGUUUUGGAGACCGAGACUUCGAGAUUGUAUCCAUUGGCGAAAGCUAUCGAGCAGGAGCUUUUGAUAACGCCUAAACGCGGUCUGUCAUUCAUCGAGGCCCUGGAGUUUGGCCUGUACGACGUCGCGUCCGGUAGCUUCGAUGAUCCCUUCCGUGUCGCGUCCGCGUUCGAUCGUAACCCCGCCACGUUGAAGGAGGCGAUCGACGUCGGUUCGAUCGAUCCGUCCAGCACAGUGAUCAAAGAGCCUGGCACCGGUAAAAUCGUUAGUUUGCUAGAGGCUAUAAACACGGGGAUAAUAGAUCCUAGAGUGGGCAGGCUUAUCGGAGAUCCAUCGGGAAAGAGCCUUGACUUCGCGAAAGCCCUGGACCAGGGUUAUAUUCUCACCGCAGAAGCUAGGCAAGCGGUCGAGGAGAAGUACAAGCUGUGCGACGAAACGUCCUCGAGGCUCCUGCAGUGGAUAUCCGAGGUGGAGGACAAGUUGGCUAAACAGGAUAACGUUAAGGAGGACGUUGAUCAGCUUCGAAGCCAGAUAAACGCCAUGAAAGAGAUCAAAGAGGACCUGGAGGCUCACGCCAGACCUGUCUCCACCUGCCUGGACCAAAUUCGUCAGGUGGUCCUAACUGGUAGCAACGUCCUCUCCAGCGAAGAAGUGUCCACCUUGGAGAGAAACGGACGCUCCCUGAAGACCAGGUUCGACAAGGCCUCGGACAGAACAGAGAGAAUGGUGAAACGUUUGAUCGCCGCCAGGGACGAGUUGGUCAAGUUCAAGAACGAGUUGUCGACGUUCUCCCAUUGGCUGGACAACGCGAGACGAGUGUUGGAAGAGAAGGAGCACUCGUUGUCCGACCUGAACAGAUUGAACAGCAGCACAGACGCCACGCGCGAUUUCAUAAGCGACGUUAUAGCGCACCAAGCAGAUCUAAGAUUCAUCACCAUGGCUGCGCAGAAGUUCGUCGACGAGAGCAAAGAGUUCCUCCACGUUCUCAACGAAUUCCGUACUAGUUUGCCGCAGAGGCUGCCUCACAAGGAGCCAGUAGCUAGUCAGGACUCCCCCGUGCGCGGUGAAGUCUCUAUCGUCACUGCUCAGUACAAAGACCUGCUUUCGCGGGCGAAUCUCCUUUCUGACAAGCUAUCCGGAGUUGGUGGAAGGCAGAGGGACUAUCGCGAGUCCUUGGAGAAGGCUAGAAGUUGGCUGAAGGAGGUAGAACCCAAGGUCCACAGGGCCAUCUCCGAGGCUGUCGCGGCAGAGCCUAAACAAGUCGAGGAUCAACUCAGUAAAGCUAAAGCACUCAACAACGAGAUGCUCGCUAAUGAACGCUUGGUGGAGAACGUGAAGGUGACCGUUGAAGCCCUCCUGAGGUCCCUCGACGGACAACUGACACCGAAAGAAGUCGACGAACUGGAAGAACCCGCGAGGGCUUUGGAGGACAAGUACAGACAGUUGACUAACGCGAUUGCAGAGAAGUGUCAAGAGUUAGACGCAGCUUUGGUUCGAAGCCAGGGUGUGCAGGACGCUCUGGAUAGCUUGGUGCUUUGGUUGAACAACAUCGAGAGCCAGUUCAAGAACAUUCAGCGACCAGCGAGUCUUCAGAAGGAGCGACUGGAAGAGCAACAGAGGGACCAACGUUUGCUUCAAGCAGACCUAGACAGUCAUCGCUUGAGCGUGGAAUCAGUCGCGAGCAGUGCGCGCGAUCUGCUCACGAACUCGAGCAACGCGCGUAUCGCCAAGCGUAUAGAGGGCAAGCUGAAAGACGUUCAGGGCAGGUUCGAGAAGCUUAUGGAUAAGUCGCUACGUCGUGGUGAAUUCCUCGACGAAAUCGCGCAAGCCCUUGGCGACUUCUUGGUCGAGACCAGCAAGUUCGACAGCUGGUACGCUCACAUGAUCGAGACGCUUGAAUCGAGAGACUUAAGUAAAUUGAACGUUACUGAAUACGAGAGCAAAAUGGUGAUCCUGAUGGACAAACGAGAGGAUCAACGUGCCAGCUUCGAAGACCUGAUCCGCAACGGAAAGAACUUGAUCUCGAAGAAGGAUGUAACGGACGUUGCCCCAAUCAGAGAUAAGAUCAAAGCCCUCGAGUCCCAGUGGAAGGAAGUGAACAAUCUAAUUGACGAAAAACAACGACUAAGCAAAUCCAGAGCAGAGCAGCUGUCCGCGUACGAGAAGCUUCGCGAUCAGGUGAUCGAUUGGCUAACUCGUACAGAGAGCAAGGUUCAAGGACUCGAGCCAGUAGCUGUCGACUUGGAGAAGCUGAAGAGACAGGCUGACGAAUUGAAACCUGUCCAGAAGGAGUACCGCGAUUAUGGCAACACCGUGAACAAAGUGAACGAUCUGGGAAUCGCUUAUGAUGGCUUGCUGAAGGAACGCACCGAGAGCCCUACUCGUCGUCGUGGUAGUACCAGUCCAACUAAAAGACCAGGUACAUAUAUACGACGAAUGUCACAAGACGGUCGAUCACCAUCUCCCGCUAAAUUGUAUGCAGCUCAAAGUCCGGUCUCUCCAGGUGGUAGCAGCGGAUUCAGUAGCCGUCGCUCCAGUCAGGACGGUUUUCAUCUCGAGGAUCUGUCGCCUGUUCAGCAACAACUCUCCGAGAUCAACAAUAGAUACGAAUUGCUGGGCGUCCGCCUAUCCGACCGGCAAACUGAAUUGGACAACGUGAAGGACGAACUGAGGAGACACAUGGAUAACUUGAAGACCCUGUCCCAAUUUCUGGAGAAGAUCCAGCGACAAAUACCGAAAGAGAGCAUGCCAAGCACGAAAGAGGAGGCGGACAAAACGGCGAAACAGAUCAAGAUCGUGAUCGAGGAGAUGUACGAAAAACAAUCGUUGCUCGACACUACCAGGACUCAAGUGCGCGAUCUGGUCAGACGCAAGAAGGGAGCAGACGGCGUUGAUAGAUUAAACGACGAGAUGGAAGACGUGGCCAGCAGAUGGAGAUCGUUCAGCGAACGGUGUAAAGAUAGAAUAAAGUUCCUGGACGACGUUAAGGACUUUUACGACACGUCAGAGGGCUUGGUGUCUUGGCUGGGGUCGAAGGAACGAAUGAUGGGCGCGUUAGGUCCGAUCUCAGCCGAUCCUAGAAUGGUUGCUAGCCAAGUGCAGCAGGUUCAGGUCCUGCGAGAAGAAUUCCGUACUCAACAGCCUCAAUUGGACCACCUGGUGCAGGUUGGAGAGAGCAUUCUCGGCGUGAUAGGAACUGAUUCCGCCGACGGCCAGAGAACCAGUGCGAAAUUGAGAUCUAUUUUGGACAAGUGGUCAGAUCAAUUGGCCAGACUCGAUGAGAGAGCGCAGAGCUUAGGCGACGCGGUAGACACUAGUCGUGAGUUUGAUGCAAGCCUUAAUCGUUUACGCGACGCUCUGCAAGCCAUCUCGGACAAUCUGGACGAAUUGACCCUCGAAAAGGACCCUGAAGAUCAGCUACGGAAAAUCGAGAACCUGGAGAGACAACUGGAAGGCCAGAGACCUUUGUUGGCCGACGCUGAAGCAGCGGGCGAACAGCUGUGCGAAGUCCUGAGCGAUCCUGCUUCCAAAUCCGAGAUUCAUGGAAAAUUGGCCGCUGUUGGUAAACUUUAUACUAACCUACAAAAGAAAUUGGACCAUAAGAAAGCCGAGAUCGAGGGUAACUUGAGAGAUGGAAGACAGUUCGAGGCCUCCUGCACUAAAACCUUGGGUUGGCUUGCCGACGAGCUUGGAAACAUGUCCGAAAAAUUGCUGGUAUCCGCUGACCGAGAUAUUCUGCAACAGCAACUCGAUCAUCAUGAGCCGAUAUACAGAAACGUAAUGGGCAAGGAACACGAGGUCAUCAUGCUGCUGAACAAAGGACGCGACAUGCUCGCGCGGUCCCAGAAAGUCGAGAAUCGGUCACUGCAACGCGACUUGGACAAAAUGCAUUCCCAGUGGGAUCGUUUGAAGAAGGACUUGCUCGAUAGACACACAAAGCUACAGACUUGCGCGGAACACUGCAAGAAGUACUACAAAGCGCAGGAUACCUUCUUGCCAUGGCUUCGACAAGCCGAAGACAAACUCGAGUGUUUGAAACCAGCUUCCUUUAAACGCAAGGACAUCGAAAAGCAACUCAAGGAACUUGCUUCCUUCAGGAACGAAGUUUGGAAGCACUCUGGAGAGUUUGAGAACAACAAGACCCUUGGUGAAACGUUCCUCGGAGCUUGCGACAUUGACAAACAGAAUGUCAAGAAUGAACUUGGCGCCAUGAAGACUAGGUGGGACAAGUUGAACAACGAUCUCUCGACAAGAACACAAUCCUUGGAAGAUACUGCACGACAUUUGAUGGACUUCAACGAGAAUUUGCGAGACUUGCGUCACGGCUUGCAGCGUUGCGAGGACAAACUGGCGUCUCACGAUGCUCUUGGUGGAGCAGCUAAAGACCCGAAACUUCUCGAUAGGAUAAAGAGUUUACGAGAAGAAACUACAAAUUUGAAGAAACCUCUGCAAUGCGUGAAACAACAAGCCAGCGACUUGGCACACAAAGCUGGCGAGCAAGGAGUCGAUGCAACCCAUCUACAAGACGAAGUGGAGAACUUGACGGAUCGGAUCAACGACCUGCAGGCGAAGUUGGACGACAGAUGCAACGAAUUACAGAGCGCAGCUACCGCUAUGGCGCAAUUCAACGACCACGUGAAAUCAAUUGGUCAGAACGUCUCCAGUCUCGAGAAGGAAUUGGAUUCUAUGAGAGCACCUGGUAGAGAAAUUAAAUUGGUGCGUUCUCAGAUAGAGGAUACGACUAAAGUGAUCAGUAAAGUGAAUAGAUUGUACGAGGAAGUGACAGAUCUGGAAAGCCUAGGAGAACGAUUGGUCGACUAUGGUUUCGCAGCUGACGCGGUAGCUACGAGGGAACAGGUUGCUGGCUUGAAACGACAAAUUGGUAAGCUCGAUGAUCGCACGCGAGAUCGUCACGACGAACUUACCGCGACUCUCGACAAAUUACAAGAGUUCUAUCAAGCGCACACCACCGUCAUCUCGGAGAUCGAUGAUGCAAACGAAGAAUUCAGAAGAUUCAGGCCUGUCGGUUCCGAAGUAGAAUCUAUAAAGGCUCAGCAAGAGGACUUUAGACUUUUAAAAAUACACAAGAUAGAACCCCUAGCCCGCGCUGUCGAAGAUUGCAACGCCAUUGGCCAGUCUUUGAUUCAGACUGCCGGUCGUGAUGUUAGUACCAGCAACAUCGAAAAGGAUGUCGACAAGAUGAACGACAAAUGGAACGAUCUAAAGGAUAGAUUAAACGAGAGAGACAGAAGAUUAGACGUGGGACUCCUUCAGUCGGGUAAAUUCCAAGAGGCUCUGGACGGAUUAGAGAAAUGGUUAACGGACACGGAGGAAAUGGUUUCCAAUCAGAAACCACCAUCGUCGGACUACAAGGUGGUCAAGGCGCAAUUACAGGAGCAGAAGUUCUUGAAGAAGAUGCUGAUGGACAGACAGAAUUCGAUGUCGUCUUUGUACAACAUGGGUCAAGAGGUCGCUGCUGGUGCGGAUCCUAAGGAACGAAAAAUGAUCGAGAAGCAGUUGAAGGAACUCGUGGGCAGAUUCGACAACCUGACGGAAAGCGCUGCUGAGAGAAUGGAAGCCCUCGAACAAGCAAUGGGAGUUGCUAAACAGUUCCAAGAUAAGCUGGUUCCACUGGCGAUCUGGUUGGACAAGACGGAGAAGCGCGUCAGGGACAUGGAGUUGGUACCAACGGACGAGGAGAAGAUUCAACAGCGCGUCACGGAACACGAUGCCCUUCACGAAGACAUUCUGUCGAGGAAGCCCGACUUCAGCGAGCUCACGGAAAUAGCUAGCCAGUUGAUGGCUCUCGUAGGAGAGGACGAGGCUAGUACUCUGGCAGACAAGUUACAGGACGCUGCAGACAGAUACGCAGCUCUGGUCGAACGAUCAGAGGCUCUAGGUGGAUUGUUGCAAAGAUCUAGACAGGGCUUGCGCCACUUGGUCCUCAGCUACCAAGAACUUCAGGCAUGGAUGGAGGGCAUGGAGAUCAGGUUAUCGAAAUAUAGAGUCUUGGCAGUCCACACUGAGAAGCUUUUGCAGCAAAUGGAAGAUCUAGCAGACCUGACCGAAGAAGUUUCAACGCGACAGACCGAAGUAGACAGCACCACCGACGCUGGCUUGGAACUGAUGAAGCACAUCUCGAGCGACGAGGCUCUUCAACUGAAGGACAAGCUCGAUUCUCUUCAACGACGAUUCAAUGAUCUUGUCAGCCGAGGUUCUGAUUUGCUGAAACACGCGCAAGAGUCCUUACCACUGGUCCAACAGUUCCACGAUAACCACAAUCGACUGAUGGACUGGAUGCAGGCAGCGGAAUCUGCCCUGCAGUCCGCGGAACCUCGCGAGGACGAGAUCGUGCGAUUGGAAAUGGAAAUAUCGGAGUACAGGCCAGUCUUGGACAAGAUUAACGCAGUCGGACCGCAGCUGUCCCAAUUGUCACCUGGCGAGGGCGCAGCGACUAUAGAAGGUCUGGUCACCAGAGACAAUAGACGAUUCGACGCCAUCGCUGAACAAAUACAACGAAAGGCUGAAAGAAUCCAGCUCAGCAAACAACGCUCUUUGGAGGUGAUCGGUGACAUCGACGAUCUACUUGAAUGGUUCCGUGAAGUAGACAACCAAUUACGCGAAGCAGAGCCACCCAGCAGCGAACCAGAAAUCAUCAGAGUUCAGCUGAAGGAGCACAAGGCGUUGAACGAUGACAUAUCCAGUCAGAAGGGUCGCGUCAGGGAUGUGAUAUCGACAGCAAAGAAAGUGAUACGCGAGAAUGGCCAACACGAAGACACCUCGACCAUCAGAGAGAAGAUGGAGGAUCUCCGAGAGACCAUGGAGAUCGUUUCUGGCCUUUCAGCGGACAGGCUCGGAGCUCUGGAGCAAGCGCUGCCACUCGCUGAACAUUUACGCGACACCCACAUAGGUUUGGUCAGUUGGCUCGAGGAGGCCGAGCAGCAAGUCGCCAUGCUUCCCAUGCCAGCCUUGAGGCCCGACUUAAUCGCUGUCCAGCAAGACAAGAACGAGCUCCUCAUGCAGAGCAUCAACGAGCACAAACCUCUAGUCGAGAAACUGAACAAGACUGGCGAAGCUUUAAUAAAACUCUGCAACGAAGAGGAAGGCAUCAAGAUACAGGACAUCCUGGAGGCGGACACUACUCGAUACGCAGCCCUCAGAGCAGAACUGCGAAGCCGACAACAGACUCUGGAGCAAGCUCUGCAGGAGUCGUCUCAAUUCUCUGACAAACUGGAGGGAAUGCUGCGCGCUCUUUCAUCGACAGCGGACCAAGUACACGGCGCGGAGCCAAUUAGUGCUCAUCCAGGUCGCCUGCGGGAUCAGAUGGAGGAGAACACCGGACUGAUCGAUGAACUGGCUCACAGGUCGGAGGCGUACGCUGCUGUUAGGCGAGCGGCCGACGACGUGAUCAGCAAGGCAGGCAACAGAGCCGAUCCAGCCGUGAAGGACAUCAAACGGAAGCUGGAGAAACUGAACAAACUAUGGAGCGACGUGCAGAAGGCCACCAACGAGAGAGGCCACACUCUGGACGAUGCCCUGUCGAUAGCAGAGAAGUUCUGGUCGGAGUUGAACGGUGUCAUGUCGACCUUGCGAGAGCUUCAAGAUGCUCUCGCUGGUCAGGCACCACCGGCUGCUCAGCCAGCAGCCAUCCAACAACAACAAGUCGCCCUCCAGGAGAUCCGGCACGAGAUCGACCAAACGAAACCCGAUGUGGAGCAAGUUCGAGCUUCUGGUCACGAGUUGAUGGGACUCUGCGGCGAACCAGAUAAACCAGAGGUCAGGAAACACAUCGAGGAUUUGGAUCAAGCGUGGGACAACGUCACUGCCCUGUACGCUAGGCGCGAGGAAAAUCUCAUCGACGCGAUGGAAAAGGCCAUGGAGUUCCACGAAACGUUGCACAACCUUCUGGAAUUCUUGGAGGAGGCUGAGGAGAAGUUUGCACGGAUGGGACCCCUCGGCAGCGACAUCGACGAAGUUAAGAAACAGAUCAAACAAUUGGCCAAUUUCAAAGCUGAAGUUGAUCCUCACAUGGUCAAGGUCGAAGCUCUGAACAGGAGUCUGACAAGACAAGCGGCCGAAUUGACGGAGAGGACAUCAUCGGAGCAGGCUGCCGCCAUCAAGGAACCGUUAGGAGCGGUGAACAAGCGAUGGGACGGACUGCUCAGAGGCUUGGUCGAGAGGCAGAGACUCCUGGAGAACGCUUUGCUGCGUUUGGGACAAUUCCAGCACGCGCUCGACGAGCUCCUAGUGUGGAUCGAGAAGACGGACGACACCCUCGAUAAUUUGAAAGCAGUUGCUGGCGAUCCACAGGUGAUCGAAGUAGAGCUGGCCAAGUUGAAGGUCCUGGUGAACGACAUUCAGGCCCACCAGACGAGCGUCGAUACGCUGAACGACGCUGGUAGACAGUUGAUAGAAGAUGGAAAGGGAACAGCCGAAGCAUCGACGACAGCUGAGAAAUUAGGUACUUUGAAUCGUCGAUGGCGCGACCUGCUACAGCGCGCUGCGGAUCGUCAACGAGAGUUAGAGGAUGCCCUCAGAGAGGCGCAGUCUUUCACCGCGGAGAUCCAGGAUCUUCUGUCUUGGUUAGGCGAUGUAGACAAUACCAUAGUGGCCUCCAAACCUGUGGGAGGCCUCCCAGAGACCGCCUCGGAACAGCUUGAGCGGUUCAUGGAGGUUUUCAACGAGUUAGAACAGAACAGGCCAAAGGUCGAGACGGUUCUCCAACAAGGUCAAGAGUAUCUGAAGCGAGCCGACAGUCACAGUGCAGGAGGACUCAAUCACAACUUGAAGACACUGAAGCAACGCUGGGACAAUGUCACAGCUCGAGCCAGCGAUAAGAAGAUCAAGCUGGAGAUCGCGCUGAAGGAAGCCACCGAGUUCCACGACGCACUCCAAGCGUUCGUUGACUGGCUGACUAACGCGGAGAAGGUCCUCACCAACCUGAAGCCUGUGUCAAGGGUCAUGGAGACCAUCCUUGGCCAGAUAGAGGAGCACAAGACCUUCCAGAAGGACGUCGGGGUCCAUCGCGAGACCAUGCUGAAUCUCGACAAGAAGGGAACUCAUUUGAAGUACUUCUCGCAGAAACAGGACGUGAUCCUGAUUAAGAACUUGCUGAUAAGCGUGCAGCACAGGUGGGAGAGGGUGGUUUCCAAGUCUGCCGAGAGAACGAGGUCUUUAGACCACGGUUACAAGGAGGCCAGAGAGUUCCACGACGCCUGGUCCAACCUGAUGAAUUGGUUAGUCGAGACGGAGAAGACCUUUGACGAAGUCGCAGCAGACGGUGGUCUAGGAGGAAACGAUCCUGAAAGGAUAAAGGCGCGACUGAACAAGCAUCGCGAAUUGCAGAAGGCGUUGAGCGCCAAGCAGGGCACCUACGACACCACCAUGAAGAACGGCAAGACGUUGAAGGAUAAGGCUCCCAAAACUGACGAGUUCGCGCUGAAGGAACUGCUGAACGAGCUGAAGAACAAGUGGACCACCGUUUGUGGCAAGUGCGUGGAUAGGCAGAGGAAACUCGAGGAGGCUUUGCUCUUCUCUGGACAAUUCAAGGACGCCAUUCAAGCACUUCUCGAGUGGCUCAGCAAAUCUGAGAAACAACUAGCGAACAUGGGACCGCUUCAUGGAGAUUUAGACACCGUGGUGAACCUGGUGGAGCAGCACAAGACCUUCGAGAGGGACUUAGAGUCUCGAGCCUCCCAAAUGGUAUCCGUCAUCAAAACUGGUCGCGAAUUGUUAGAUAAAGCAACACCAGAGGACGCGUCCUGUAUUGGUCCUCAGCUCGCAGAACUGAACGACCUCUGGAACGCAGUGUCUCAGUUGUCCUCUGAGAAGACCGAACGUCUCGAGGACGCUCUCAGAGAUGCGGAACGCCUGCACAAGGCUGUCCACGUGCUCCUCGAGUGGCUGAGAGACGCCGAGAUGAAGCUGAGGUUCGCUGGACAGCUGCCAGAGGACGAGCAAGAGAGCAGGAAUCAGUUGAUGGAACACGAGAAGUUCCUGCGUGAACUGCGCACCAAGGAAAUAGAGAAAGAUCAGACUCUGGAGCUGGCCCACGCGAUUCUCGCGAAAGCUCAUCCAGACGGUGUCCUGGUCAUCAGACACUGGAUUACGAUCAUUCAGUCGAGAUGGGAAGAAGUCGCCACCUGGGCGCAUCAGAGGAACCAGAGACUGGAGAACCACAUGCAAGGACUUCAGGACCUCGACAACCUUCUGGAAGAGCUACUCUCGUGGUUGGAGGGCCUGGAGAAUACCUUGAACGCACUCGAGGCCGAACCUCUACCAGACGACAAGGCUACCUUGGAGAUGCUGAUCGCGGAUCAUCGAGAGUUCAUGGAGAACACUAGUCGAAGGCAGAACGAGGUCGACCGCGUCUGCAAAGCUAGACAGAUCAAACACAGUCAAGUGAAAGACACGAAGAAGAUAUCGAAGGCUAAGUCACCCGCACCGACCCGAGCCAGCCCAGGCCGUGAGAGAACGCCAGAUUCGUUGCCGCACAUUGGCCCACGCUUCCCACCUAAAGGAAGCAAAGGCGCCGAACCAGAAUUCCGAAGCCCUAGGGUGAAGCUUCUCUGGGACCGAUGGAGGCACGUGUGGAUGUUGGCAUGGGAACGCCAACGCAGACUCCAGGACAAGUACAAUUACAUUUUGGAAUUGGACCGUGUCGCGAACUUCAGCUGGGAGGAUUGGCGUAAGAGGUUCCUGAAAUUCAUGAACCACAAGAAGUCCAGGCUGACAGAUCUCUUCAGGAAGAUGGACAAGAACAACGACGGUCUGAUUCCACGCGAAGACUUCAUCCAAGGAAUCAUGAACACCAAAUUUGAGACUUCACGGUUAGAAAUGGGAGCAGUAGCAGAUCUGUUCGAUCGCCACGGGGAGGGGUUGAUCGACUGGAAAGAGUUCAUCGCCGCCCUGAGGCCCGACUGGGAGGAGCGAAGAACCUACAACGACACGGACAAGAUUCACGACGAGGUCAAACGGCUGGUGAUGCUCUGCACCUGUCGCCAGAAGUUCCGAGUAUUCCAAGUCGGCGAAGGAAAAUACAGGUUCGGAGACAGUCAAAAGCUGCGCCUGGUACGAAUUCUACGAUCCACCGUGAUGGUACGAGUCGGUGGUGGAUGGGUAGCCUUGGACGAAUUUCUAUUAAAAAAUGACCCUUGCCGCGUUUUUCUAAUGCCGAUACCGGACCCUAACAAACCGGAACAACAUGAGGGUUGGUGUCCGCUCGCCAAGGGAAGAACGAAUAUCGAGCUGCGAGAGCAAUUCAUACUGGCGGAUGGCGUCAGCCAGACAAUGACGGCGUUCAGAUCGAAGCCAAGCCCGACCUCGACGCUGCAGCGUACGCAAAUCUCAUCCGCGAAUACCGGACCAAUCACCAAGGUGAGAGAACGCAGCGCUCGAAGCGUUCCCAUGGGACAGACGCGAGCAUCGCGCUCGUCGUUGAGCGCCGGGACGCCGGACAGCCUGAGCGACAACGAGAGUUCCUUCAGAAUUGGCUCCGCCAGGAAGACGAGCACGCCUUACAGAAGCACGAUUACCCCAGGCGGUAGUCGUCCAUCGAGUAGACCAGCAUCGAGACCAGCGUCCAGACCAACGAGCAGACCCGGCAGCAGACCAGCUUCCAGGCAGGGUAGCAAACCACCGAGUCGCUAUGGGUCCACACAGUCGCUUGACAGCACUGAUGACUCGGCCAACCUGAGCCGUAUUCCACGCAGAACGACGGUGAGCACCACGGGGAACACGCCGACCUCCAGCAGACACAACAGCGUCUCAGGAAAGAGGCUCGGAACGCCUGUGAACGGUUCCAGCUCGAGACCUCGAACGCCCACCGGUCUAGUUAGUCCAGCCAGUGGCGUUCCAGCGAGGUUUGGCACAAUCCAUAGAGCUUCGAGCAUUCCAACCCUGACUGGUGUCGGCACACCGAUCAGCCGCUCGAGGAUCCCCGUGUACAUCGGCGCGGAUAUAAAAUCCCCGCAAUCGACGACCAGCAAUAUAUCCACACAUUCUACCCAAAGCAACGACUCGACGGUUUCUACCGAUUCUACCGGGAGCAGCUCGGUGUGUACAAAUUCAGCAACUAACACCUCGUCGGCCGUUAAGCAAGAUAGAACGAGGACACCGUCCAGCGGAUCCAGCACGCCGCUGCCACCAUCGCUGAAGCUCUCGAGGAAACCCUCAGGCGCCUCUGACACGUCCGUAUCAACGACACCGACCACCCAACGGAAAGGAAGACCAACGCCAAUCGACCAACGAGCACCAUUCCGAUUAUAGUCACCGGACAUCGUAUAGUCACACGAACGAAAGGCCAAACGUCGACGACGGGAACGGCAAAACCCCCCGCACGGGAUCCCCGUCGACGAAACGCUUAGGAUAAUCUAAUAUAUAUGUAUAUGUAAUAACGAUUCGAACCGCGAGGACGCCCCGGGAGAUAUCCGUCGUUAUUGGUCCCCGUUUCGAGCGUAGCGCGAAAAUUCGCUAUCGAAGCGAGGCCCUCCGCGGGCGCGUCCAACACUAAUCGAGUGUGAAAGAGCUUAACAUUAUUAUCGAACUAUUUUGUAAAAAAAAAAGCAUAGUUAUCAUGGAAUUAUCAAUGGACGCAAUGCGCGAUCCAAAGAGAAAUUAUUUGGAACGUGAUUUUACGUGAGUAAGUCUUAAGUGGCGCUACGUAUCGGAGUCCGUUCUCGUGUACCCGCUUACGCGGUAUCGAUUAAUUUUUUUUUCGUGAAUCAGUUUCUUCACCGACAGAGAAACCACCGAUAACGAUUUUAUUCAUAAUGUAAUUGUAAUUUUACGUUAUCCAUAGGACUAUAGGUGUUUACCAGACGUAACACGAUACACGCGAGAAAGAGAGCAAGGUUUUACGUUCUCGAGAAGAGAGAAAUUCGUGGCGGUGUAUGCGUACUUGCGAAUCACGUAAUCGAUGACAGUGAUCGAUCCGCGUCGCUGAACUACCGACCGAUCCUUUUUUCGUUGUCCCGUGUUGAUCGUUGAACCAUUUCUUUGUUUUGUAAUCCCUCGGUUACCGAUCGAUAGGGCCCUACAAGAAAAGGAGCAUUGAAAAGAGAAAGAAAGGAGGAAUAAUAAUCACUGAUGGAGAGAUUUAAGAUCAAGAUGUAAAUAUUGCUCGAUUCUCCGGGUCGGUGUCGCAACCGGGAACCACUCCGCGAAUAAGACAGUUUCCUAGAAAAGACACGAGUUUAACGCUACCCGCAACGAUUGCCUUAAAAGUCUGUCGCCCAUGCCGCUUCUGCGCGAAUCGUACCUGCCUGCCGAGGCGAACCGACGCUCGGGUGAAGUAGGGCCCUUCUGUACUAAAAGAAUGAACCAAGAAGAAGCGUUCUAUUAUUUUAAUUUUUUUUCGUCGAUUCGAAGCGCGUUCGCCCCGUCAUCGGCGGGAUCGUCGACAGAGUAUCUCUAUUUUCUGAAAAAGGCAUUCCCCCCCUCGAUCUUUUUCUCUUUUUUACUUUCUAGAUUGCGAUUAACGCGAUAGCACGGAUUCGUACGAUGAUGCGAUUAAUCUAUUAACUAUUCUUAAAUGUUAAUCUCUGUUUUCGCUUUACUUGAAGGUUCUGUAUCGUCGCUACUAAUUGCAGUGGAAAAAGAAAUAUACGCAAAACGCACACGCAUUUGACACCAAA